UUUCCGGUAUGGACAAAACGGUGGGUUUCGCCAUCCCCUGAACCCAAAUCUCCCAAGUUUCCAUCUUUUUGCUCUGAUUUUUUUUUGAAAAUUUGAGAAUGCCGAGGCCGAACAGCAAUUUGGGGAUGGACCUGAUGAUCCCUGGAAAAAUCCGGAAGCGGGGUUGUUCGUCGUCGGCGUCGUCGUCAUCGUCGAUCAUCCAGAACUACAGAUUCAAGCGGGCGAUUCUGGUUGGGAAGAGGGGCGGAUCCAGUACGCCCGUGCCCACUUGGAAGCUCAUGAGCUCCAGGUCACCCACCGCUUCCGCAUUGCGCGCCAUGGACUCACCCAACUACUCCCAGAACGGCGGCGCCAGGUCUAAGCAGCAGCAGCCCGUGUCGGCGAGGAAGCUAGCCGCUACGCUCUGGGAAAUGAACGACAUGCCGUCUCCGAGAGUGAAAGAGGGGUCGGACGAGAGGCGGCUGAGGAAGAUGGAGGCGCGUAAUCGUAAGGCCAGAGAGAGGGAGAGGAUUGCGAGAUCGGCGCACUCCGGUUCUCUGCCGCCCCAUCUCUCCGAUCCAUCUCAUAGUCCCGUUUCCGAGAGGAUGGAUCGGUCUGGAACCGGUAGUUUCCAUAGAAGGGCGUCGCCCAUUUCGCAGAGGCGGCUCAGGCUCACAGACCAUCAUGCUGGAAUGUUGGAUUCUCAUGGCAAUGGUAGCUUAAUGGAGGUUGAGACUAGAUCACGCGCCCAGACGCCUAAUACUUCUACAGCUGGAGCCAAGACACGUUUGAAAGAUGUUAGUAAUUCUUUGACCACAUCUAAAGAGCUACUGAAAAUUAUCAACUGUGUUUGGGGUAAUGAAGAUCGACCUUCGUCAAGCAUGGCCCUUAUCUCAGCGUUACAUGCUGAGCUGGAGAGGGCUCGUUUACAGGUCAAUCAGCUGAUCCAAGAACAACGCUCGGACCAGAAUGAGAUCAACUACCUUAUGAAGUGUUUUGCUGAAGAAAAGGCAGCUUGGAAAAGCAAGGAGCAUAAAGUUGUCGAGGCUGCCAUUGAGGCUGUUGCAGGAGAACUUGAGGUAGAGAAGAGACUGAGAGGGAGGUUCGAAAGCAUGAACAAGAAACUCAGGAAAGAACUGGCGGAGACAAAAGCCUCUCUUGUUAAUACGGCAAAAGAACUCGAAGGUGAAAAGAGAACAAGAGAGAUCAUGGAACAAGUAUGUGAUGAAUUAGCUCGGGAUGUGACUGAAGAUAAAGAUGAAGCAGAGGAAAUGAAGAGGGAAUCCGCAAAAGUUCGUGAUGAGGUUGAGAAGGAAAGGGAGAUGAUGCUGUUUGCUGACUUGUUGCGUGAGGAGAGAGCUCAAGUGAAACUCUCAGAGGCAAAACAUCUUCUUGAAGAGAAGAAUGCAGCCGUUGAUAUGUUGAGGAGUCAACUUGAAGCCUUCAUGGGAAGUAAGGCAACCAAAGAAAAAGGACGCAGUUCUACUCAUCUGAAUGACGAAGAAAUUUCUGCGUAUCUAAGUAAAGCUCAUCUUGGUUCCUGUCAGGAUGAAGAAAGAGAUGAGGAUGAAGGAGAAGUUGAAGACGGAGUAGAAUGCGAAGAGGAUUCUGCUGAAAGUGAUCUUCAUUCCAUAGAGUUAAGUAUGGGCAACAACAGCGAAAGCUACAACUUGAAUCACACUUCAGCAGCCACUCGUGAUCCAAGGUGGGCAGCACCUUAUGUUGAAGAAAUCAAAGGGAGCAAGUGUACUUCUGGGAAGCCACCGAGAAGAAGCACUUCUUUGCAAAGAAGUAUAUCAGAUGGAGUGGAAUGGGGCAUGCAAACUGAAAGGCUCCAAAAUUCAGGAGACGGGAUAGAUUGGGAGAGGUUUCCUGAACUGGAGAGGCAAAGGCAACGGCAAGGAAAAGGUUGUGCAAACGAAAUGCAAGGACAUAAAUCAUCAAGGGGUAUUCGGGACCAAAUGUUGUCUGGUUCUAGGCUUGGACAUGCUAUAGUUCACGCUAGUCCCACACAGCAAUGGGGGCAGCCAUGGCCUUCAAGGGAUCCUACCGGUACAUUUCAAGAUAGGCCUCCCAGCGCGCAAGGCAGUGGUUCGAAGUCAAGAUUGGGGGAAGUGAAAGAUGAAGGCCAGAAUGGCAGAAGGUAUAAACGGUGAAGCCUUUUGUUUGCCACGGUCGAUGCUCAAAUGCAGGGUAGCGCUGUAGAAGGCCAUGCUUUGAGGAAGGCGAUUUGAAUGAUGAGAAGCAGCGUUUUGGCCCAUCGAUGCUUUUGGCUUGUGAUCACCAGGAGCUGCUAAGUUGCAGUAAUCGCUGCUCAUUCUGCGCUAUACCAACGCCAUUUUCGCUUAAGAAGCUUGUUCUGUAGAUUUUUCAAAGAAAGAUGUGAUUUAUGUCUCAGUUAUAUAGAAACAUUAUAUAUUAGCUUCUUUUUCUUUUCUGUUUCUCUUUCCUUCAUGUUAAUAGUAAUCUGUAUUUACCUUA